AUGGAUGCCAACCCUACACCAAACUCUCCUAACGACAAGCGAGACAAAGUCCGCGUUUAUGUCGUCCAGCGCUGUCCCCGCCUCUUAGACCUCGAACAUGGUGUCCAAACAGCAAUUAAAGACAUCGCAACAGCAGCAAAAGAUGGAGCCAAUCUCAUUGCAUUCCCUGAGACAUGGCUGACAGGAUACCCUGCUUGGGUGUUUGGGAUGGCUAGCUGGAACGACCCUGAAGCGCGAAGUUGGUACAAGAGACUCAUUGAAGCCAGUCCAACUGCUUCAAGCUCUCAAAUCAAUCGAAUCAGAGACGCCGCGAGGGAGAAUAACAUCGAAGUCGUCCUUGGAUUCAAUGAACGAGCCCGAGAAACUGGUGGGACUAUUUGCAAUAGUGUUGCGAUGAUUGGACGAGAUGGUUCUCUUCGUGGUGUCCAUCGCAAACUGACUCCAACGCACGCCGAGAGAAUUGUCUGGGCGAAUGGGGAUGCACAAGGUCUCAGGGCCUAUGAUACCAGCUUGGGAAGGAUCGGUGCAGCAGUUUGCUGGGAACACUUCCAUCCUCUCAUCAGACAGGCUCUGCAUACAGAAGAUGAACAGAUCCAUAUCGCUCUGUGGCCCGACAUGCCUUCAGCGCAUCAAAUUGCUUCUCGGCAGUAUGCGUUUGAAGGAAGAUGCUUCGUUGUCGCCGCAGCUUCGUAUCUGGACAAAGAGUCUGUUCCGCCAGAACUGCUGGAGGCAUACAUCAAAGGAGCUGGGUCGGCAGAUCUCUUCACGGGCGGCUCGAGUGUGAUUGGGCCGGAUGGGGAGUACAUUGCAGGGCCUGUAUACGGUCCCGAGCCAUUGAUUGUGGAUAUCGAUAUUGGGCAGACUAUCGCAUAUAAGCAUGAUCUUGAUGUCGCAGGCCAUUACGGCAGACCGGAAAUCUUCAAGCUGUCGGUCAACAGAGAGGGUGACCGGAGAUGA